AUGUCGAAUACGAUCGAAGAAGAUGACUGGGAAACUGCAGAUAUAACGCUCUCUUCUAAAUCUAACAAAGCGAUAUUACCACCUUCUCUUCGACCUCAAGCAGCUUCUUUCCAGCCUCGACCAUCCCAACCUCAAUCCCAACCUCAAUCUUCCAUACAACCUGCUCUACAUACCCGGAAUCAACCUACUGCAAGCUCAUCAAGACAACCUGGUUUACUACAAAGGAGAGAUACACCAGAUAAAGUCGAAGAAGAUGAUGAUUGGUUCAGAGGUAAUAAACCCAUGAGUAACAGGCAAAUAUGGGACAGCGCAAACGCUCGUCCUGCUCAAGCUCAAAUAUUAUCUCCGCAACCAAUCCCAGGACCCAAAUUACAACUUUUACGAAGACCCGUAUCUUCCUCUCCGUCUUCGAACGAUUCUUCCAAAGGUGGAAUAAAAGCUAAAACACUCGAAGAAAGGGAAGAGGAAUAUCGUUUGGCUAGAGAACGUAUAUUCGGCUCUGGUUCCGGGUCUCGGUCUGGUUCUGGUUCCGGGACAAACAUAGUUGAAGAUGGAUUGUUAAGAGGUGGCAGCUCUGAAGGGAAAAGUAAAUCGUCAAGAGAUAACCUCGUAAAAGGAGGAAACGGUGGUGGGAAUAGUGGAAAAUCAUCACCAUCAAUAACAACGAUACCAAAAGAUAGAAAUUUAUGGGACGGCCUAGUUCCAAGUCAAGUUAGACCUUCUUCUUCUUCAUCAUCUUCAACGAACAAAACACCAGACAACAGAGGAGGAGGAGGGGGAGUGGUUAGACAACCUAUAGGACCUGGAUCUGGAGCUGGAUUUGGUUUCGGUUCUGGUACUGGUACCGGGACUAACACCUCUAUUGCUGGAUUCGCAAGUCCAGGUCCAGGAUCAAAUUCAAAUUCAAAUUCAAAUGGGAACCCAGGAUUCAUAUAUCCAGGAUCAGGAUUCAACAGUCCAGGAUUUAAUGGAGGAUCCGGAUACGGAUCAAGAUAG